UGUUGAAGAAAGAUAACCACCUCCUCGCCUAUUAUAGUAAUAUGUAGAAGUUGUUUGAUUCUGUAGGCCUGUACAUGUUAUCUUCGAAUAUUAUUUAUUCUUGAUACCAGCGCAUUGUGUAUAUGCAAGCGUGUGAUUUCAGACUAUGAAUGGACGCGGAACAAUUAAAUGGUGUUUCCCGCAGUCAUUAUAAAAAAAUUAUGAUUUUAUACAUGAUGUACUGACCACGGCGUAAUUUUAUUUGGCAUUGAAAAUAGUCUAACAGCAUUAGUUUCCUUAAUGAGUUUUCACUAUCCGCUAUCGAAUGCACGUCAGUACGAUGGUUUUCCUCCUAACGGCAAAAAUUGAAAUUGUGCUAACGUUGAUCAACGUAAUUGCUGUGGCAGACGAAAUUAUUGAUACAACGACAACAACCACAACUAUAGCAGUUCCUGUACCUCCUAAAAGCAUAGAUAUAUCACGAAUAUUUAUAUCGCCGGGACUUGGCAAUACCGUCAAAUUGGACUGGGGUACUCCUCUACCAAUCCAGCCUGACACUACCUACUGGAUAUACUAUGAAAAGGAUGAUGAUGAACUGACCUCUCCAAAACUGACCACAACAAACACUAGUGUCUUGAUAUCAGAUCUCGAGUUUUGCACUAAGUACAAGUUCGCAGUGUCUGUAGCAGGGGAUGGAAAUGCUCACAUCAACCAAAACAACGUGAGGAGCAUCGUAACCUUUGCGAACCGUACAGCUACUCCAAAGGACUUUCGAGUUGGAUAUGAACCCAGAGAAGUACCCUGCAUGCUCGUUGAAUGGUCUGCCUCUUGCCCCAAUGUAGGACAAGCUCUUGGAUAUGUUGUAAGUAUGAGAGACUAUCCCAAACCCACAGUUCGGCUGUCCUCUAAAUUGUGUGAAGUAUACAUCAUUCGUUUUGCAAUAGUGUGAAUCAUAUUGCAUCCGGAAAAAGAAAUGCAAUAAUCAAUGGACAUUUUUAUUCCACAGUUUAAUACAACAAUAAAUUGAUUUUAAAUGCGUAAUCACAAUAAAUAAUACUGCAUUUGUGGCAUAUCUUAUCAUGUAUGCUCAGAGUCAUGUAACAAUUGUACGUAUAAUUGUCCAUUGGUGUAACGCAGGUUGAGUGGAACGAUGGCAGGCCGCGCUGUUUUGGCUUGACUCUGACGGUGGAGAUUUUGGUACUUGCCGCAACAGUUGAAUACUGUCAAAUAUCAUUGCAAAAUCGGCGAUGAGCUUACGGAUAACGUUCCUCGUGUAUCAAUUUAGUGAGUGUACAAAUUUUUACGUCUCUCCGCAUUGUGGUCCAGACAUGAUUCUGAGUGAGAGAACAAAGUUCCGUGCCAAAUCCGGGAACUAUGAGCUAGAAGAAUAAUUACCAUGUAUGUGUUGUCUCAGAAUGGGAAAAGCUGUUAGAUGUUAUACGUUUUUGAUUUAUUUUUCUACAUAUAGGUAAGCGUUUGUCAAGGAAGGUGAUCAUUUCAUCGUGCUUGAUCCUAAUAUUCCUUCACCAAUAUUGAAUCUCCGCAGUGCUUAGCUGAAAGCUUAAUCAUUAUGUUUCAUAAAGACGAUGUUACUUUCUGUAAAUAUGAGCAUUCACUUAAACGUCCAUGUAGAUAAACUAACGUAGUUGGAACCUGCACAAGAAAUAAAGUUGUCGUUUGCCAUAAUUCUCUAUUGAUAACUUGAAUUUGUGGGCUGUAAACACGACUAAAAAUUCUUGAAGCAAAAAGUAAUUUGAGAAAAUUUACACAGGAAUUGAAUGCAUAGGUCCAGAUUUCUUCUGCCGAGGAACGGACACCAACUUUUAGCAAGAAAAUGAGGGAAUAUGGAUAUUCUCAUUAAAAG